AUGUCUCUUGAGGCGAUUCGAUACGACGAAAAGAACCACACGCUCACGAUUCUGGACCAGCUCCGGCUGCCGCAUGAGUCCGAGUACGUGCCCAUCAACAACUCGGACGACGGCUGGAAGGCCAUCAAAGACAUGGUGGUGAGAGGAGCGCCCGCAAUUGCAAUUGUGGCGAUUCUGUCGCUGGCAGUCGAGCUUGUGCACGGAGGCAAGGUGUCACGGGACCAGACCCGCGCCGAGGUGGGCUCCUUCAUUUCCGACCGUCUCGACUACCUCAACACCUCCCGUCCCACCGCCGUCAAUCUGUCGGACGCGGUGGGCUCGUUCAAAAAGCUCGUCCAGACACAAACGGGCUCGGCCAGCGAGCUGAUUGAGGCGUUCCUGUCCGCCUCCCACAAAAUGCUGCUCGACGACGUGCAGGACAACAAGAACAUUGGCAAGUACGGACUCGAGUGGAUCCAGAAGAACGUGCCCCAGGCCGCCAACGGACACAAAAUCAGCGCCCUGACCAUCUGCAACACGGGCUCCCUCGCCACCGCCGGCUACGGUACCGCUCUUGGUAUUAUUCGAGCUCUUCACGAGGCAGGAGUGCUGGAACGAGUCUAUGCUCUCGAGACCCGGCCCUACAACCAGGGCAGUCGUCUCACUGCCUACGAGCUCGUCCACGACGGUAUCCCCGCCACUCUCGUGACCGACUCCAUGGCUGCGGCUCUGUUGCGAAAGAACAAGGACAUUGGCGUCAUCAUUGUUGGUGCCGACCGAGUGGUCCUCAACGGAGAUACUGCCAACAAGAUUGGAACCUUCCAGCUGUCGAUUCUGGCCAACCACUUUGACCGAAAGUUCAUCGUGGCGGCUCCCACCACCUCCAUUGACGUUCAGACCAAGUCUGGAGAAGAUAUUGAGAUUGAGGAGCGACCUGCCAUUGAGCUGACGCAGGUCAAGGGCGUCGAUGCCAACAAGCAGCCCCUCACCGUGUCUGUGGCUGCUCCUGGAAUCGAGGUCUGGAACCCUGCCUUUGAUUACGCUCCCUACAAGCUCAUUGAUGCUAUUGUCACGGAGAAGGGUGUUGCAGAGAAGACUGGCGGGGAGUUCAACCUCAAGGAGUUCAAGUCUGCCAACUAG